UCUUUUUUGUUUUUUGUCAUACUUACUCCACCCUAAGGGGAACUUAUAAAAAAUGUAUCAUGGCUCAAUCAUUCUUUUUAUUAUAUAAUAUGAGGCCUUUUAUGCAUGGUUUUUACUGUUUUCCCUCUGUCCCUAAGCCAGACUUUGUAUCUUCAACCUCGCUUAAUUCUAAAUUAAAUAUUUAAAUAAUGUAGAUUUCAAGUACAAAUGAUAAAAUACCAUUUAUUUCAAUUCUACAUAUUAUAUAUUGUGAUACAUAUUCACAUUUUCCUAUAUUUUUCAUAAAUAGAACCCUUGUCCCUUGGGGUCACUGUCAUUUCCACCACACUGUACAAAAUAGAAUCCUGGGAUCAGUGUUUUAGGUUUGUAUAUUUAGUAACCAUAGCAACAGAAACUCCACAGUGGAACACAUGGCUGGAUGAAAUGGUGUCCUCUACAGGGGGUAAUGAAAAGAAGAAAAAUCAAGAUGGCAAGCAAUACCACAGCACAGAGGUCAAGAUCAUACAGAGAAAGAAUAAAAUCAGAUCCACUUAAAUAUGCAGAGUCCCUCAAGAAGGACAGAGAAAGAUACCUGAAGAAAAAGCAACAAGGUGUUGUUAAAUCUGUGACAGAAAUGCCGAAAAGAGAACAACGAAAAAUGAGAAGACAGUGGCGAAUUUCUCAACGAAACAGACGUAGGAAAUGGAAAAUGGUCUCAGCAGUGAAUAGUUUCAUGGCACAUACAACACCACCACCAUCACCAGACAACAUGAGUGUUAAUGCAGAAGACAUCCCUGAAACACCUCAGCUGUGUGAGCCUACACCAGAGAGAACUCCACAGAGGAAAAGAGGGAGAAAAAAGGUUGCGAAGGCAAAAGCAAAGGUGUACAGAGAUCUUAAUGACAUUAAACAAAAGCUUGAGGAUGCCCUCAGAAAAGUUGAAAAAUACAAAAAAAGAAGUAAUCGACUGAAGAAGAACCUGGGGAUCCUAGAGUCACCUAAAAUGAAAACAAAGCAACAGAUGCAGCAAGAAAGCAAGCAAUUAAAGAAGACACUCCUAUUCCAUAACACCAUUAUGUCAGAAAUAAGAAAAAAGUAUCAGAAUGUUGACAAUCGUAAAGCUCGGCAACUGAUCUCCAAACUUGUGGCUGGCAAGAUCUUAAAAAAAUACCGCCUGGUCACCAUGGCCAAGAAGGAGUUUGGAUUCUCUACAAAACUAAUCAGGACAAACAUGACAAGGGCCGACAAACUCAAAUACACCCGCAUGGAGACUGCAUUGGGAUCACCAAGUUCAAGCACACUUACCAGCACAUCUCAACCCAUCAUAGACCUGCAUGAGGGACUGAUUGGAAGUUGGUGUGUGGUACGGUAUGAUGGGGAUCCUUACCCUGGCAUUAUACAGGAUGUGGACCCUGAGGGUUGUGCUCUGGUGAGAACCAUGAGUCAUAUUGGCAAAAACAAGUUCUUCUGGCCUAUGAGAGACGAUGUUAUUUGGUACCGGCCAGAAGAUGUGAUCAGGCUGGUCCCAGAGCCUCAACCAGUAACAAAGAGGCAUGUGAUGGUGGAGCCAACAGUUUGGAAAGAAAUAUGCUCUGUUCUUGACCAUGAAACAUAACUGAACCUCUGGCCCAUAUGCAAGUUUGACAGAUACAGUAUUUAGCAAAUACAAUGUCUAUUUAGUCAGA